AUGGAAGACCCAGGUACCUCGCCUCCAUGCGCCUCUCACCCACCCUCCCCUAACCCAACCGCUAACACCGAGAAACUGCCAGUCAAGGAAAUCCCGUCGAUAAUCCACCGCCUGACGCAGAGCCGGCCGUCGGAGCAGCGCGCAACGAUCGAGACGUAUUUCACGCGCGACGCCUCGUUCACGCACCCGUUUGUGCGGACGGGGAGGUUCGCGAACUCGCGGCUGCUGGUGCGCGCUAUUUACCGGUGGUACAAGAUCAUGAGUCCGCGGAUAGAACUGGAGGUGCAUUCUGGCUUCAGGGGAAACCACCAGCUAAGUGAGCAUGUGGCGCGCGCGCGCAUAGCCUUCGACGAAGCAAACCUCCGCCUCUACGUCCACCUCUCUCAGAUCUUCCGCAUCUGGCUCAUCCCCUUCUACUCCGCCCCGGUGACCCUCGUGACCGUGCUCCAGCUCGUGCGCGCGAAGGCGGACGGCCGCUACUACAUCACCUCCCAAAACGACCUCUACCAGGUCGACCAGUUCGUGCGCUUCUUCUGGCCCGGCGGCGUGCUGGUCGUCUGGGCGUGGCAGAUCAUGGCGACGCUGUUCUCGGUCCUGGGAGCGCUGCUGCUGGCUCCUGUGACGUGGUUCGAGGAGGUGGUGUAUAAUCCGGGGGGCGGGUGGCCAAGUCCCGAGGGGGUGAAGGUGGGGAAGGUGAGGAUUGAGGGGUUGGUGCAGGGGGCAGAGGUUGAGGAUUGA